CAUUGGCUCGGGGCUGGGCAGGGGGGUAUCUAGUGCGAGCGGUGAGGAGACGUCUAGUGUUCCCGAGCGUUCACAAAGGUAGCAACUCAUUGGAGGGCGAAGGAGGUGGGGGGAAAAGACGAUAAAUCGACAUCAGACCCAGCGGCUGGCACCGGGACUCGGAGCUUUCCUCCGAGUAACCACCUGCAGAAAACGCGCUUCCCCUCCUCCCCAGUACCGCCCGUCUCCAACAUGUGUCGGAUCUAAUAUUGACUGUUGCUCAGAGCGGACUAGGAAUAUUCUCCCAAUUCAAGUGGAUGUGGCCAGGUGCUUUCUAUUUGUGGAGAUGCACACGAUUAUGAGUUUUCCUUCUUUGUUUCUGCCUCUCUUCUGGGGCUUGACGGCCGGAGGGUCCCCAAGUGUGCAGAUAGGGGGUCUUUUCCCAAGGGGCGCGGAUCAGGAGUACAGUGCUUUUCGGAUAGGAAUGGUUCAGUAUGUUACCAACGAAUUCAGACUGACGCCCCACAUUGACAAUCUGGAAGUAGCGAACAGUUUCGCCGUCACCAAUUGUUUCUGUUCACAGUUCUCAAGGGGAGUCUAUGCCAUAUUUGGGUUCUACGACAAGAAGUCAGUGAACACAAUAACAUCGUUCUGCGGGACACUUCACGUGUCUUUCAUCACGCCCAGCUUCCCCCUGGACGGAACCCAGCAGUUCAUCAUCCAGAUGCGGCCCGACAUCAAGGGUCCCCUGCUCAGCCUCAUCGAGUACUACAAGUGGGAGAAGUUUGCUUACCUGUACGACAGCGACAGAGGUCUGACCACGCUCCAGGUGGUCCUGGACACCGCAGCAGAGAGGAAGUGGCAUGUGACGGCCAUCAAUGUGGGCAACAUGAAGGACGAGCGCAAAGACGAGGCGUACCGCUCCCUCUUCCAGGACCUGGAAACCAAGCAGGAGAAGAGGGUCAUUUUAGACUGCGAGCAGGACAAGGUCAAAGACAUCAUGGAACAGGUCAUCACCAUUGGUCGACAUGUGAAGGGAUAUCAUUACAUCAUCGCAAAUUUGGGCUUUAUGGAUGGAGAUCUGUCAAAGAUCCAGUAUGGAGGUGCAAACGUGUCUGGGUUCCAGAUCGUUGACUUUGACGACCCCGCGGUGUCUAAGUUUGACCAGAUGUGGGACACCCUGGAGGAGAAGGAGUAUCCAGGAGCCGACAGCAAAAUUAGGUACACCUCUGCGCUGACAUAUGAUGCAGUGCAUGUGAUGAUGGAGGCGUUCCGCUACCUGCACAAGCAGCGCAUCGACAUCUCCCGCCGUGGCGCUGGAGACUGCCUGGCCAACCCGGCCGUGCCUUGGGCCCAGGGCGUGGAGAUCGAGCGCGCCCUCAAACAGGUGAAAGUGGAAGGACUCACAGGAAACAUCCAGUUUGAUCAACAUGGGAAAAGAGUGAACUACUCAGUGAACAUCAUGGAGCUGAAGAAUAAUGGCCCAGUCAAGAUUGGAUACUGGAAUGAGGUUGACAAAAUGGCGGUCACAAAAUCAGAUGUGUUUCCCAAUGACACCUUGGGUUUGGAAAACAAGACUGUGAUAGUGACAACAAUUCUGGAAGCUCCAUAUGUGAUGCUGAAGAAGAACGCAGACCUGUUUGUGGAUAACGAGCGCUAUGAGGGCUACUGUGUAGACCUGGCAGCUGAGAUCGCCAAGCACUGCGGCUUCAAGUACCAGCUCAAGAUCGUGUCAGACGGGAAGUACGGCGCUCGCGAUGCCGAAACUAAGAUCUGGAACGGAAUGGUCGGAGAAUUAGUUUAUGGGAAAGCCGAUGUGGCGAUCGCACCUCUGACUAUAACCCUGGUCCGAGAGGAAGUGAUUGACUUCUCCAAACCCUUCAUGAGUCUGGGCAUCUCCAUCAUGAUCAAGAAACCCCAGAAGUCCAAGCCGGGCGUCUUCUCCUUUCUUGACCCGCUGGCCUACGAGAUCUGGAUGUGCAUCGUGUUCGCAUACAUCGGCGUGAGCGUGGUGCUCUUCUUGGUCAGCCGAUUCAGCCCCUACGAGUGGCACACAGAGGAGUACGAGGACGGACAGAUCCAGACCAGCGAGUCGACCAACGAGUUUGGGAUAUUCAACAGCCUCUGGUUCUCCCUGGGCGCCUUCAUGAGGCAGGGGUGUGACAUCUCACCCAGGUCCCUGUCUGGACGGAUUGUUGGUGGCGUGUGGUGGUUCUUCACCUUGAUCAUAAUCUCGUCUUACACUGCCAACCUGGCUGCCUUCCUGACAGUGGAGAGAAUGGUGUCGCCCAUAGAGAGUGCAGAGGACCUAGCCAAACAGAGUGAUAUAGCCUAUGGCACUCUAGACUCCGGAUCAACCAAAGAGUUCUUCAGGCGCUCCAAAAUUGCCCUUUUUGAUAAAAUGUGGACGUACAUGCGCAGCGCUGAGCCCUCUGUGUUUGUCAAAACGACGGCCGAGGGGGUGAUGCGUGUGCGCAAGUCCAAGGGCAAGUACGCUUACCUGCUGGAGUCCACCAUGAACGAGUACAUCGAGCAGCGGAAGCCUUGCGACACCAUGAAGGUCGGAGGGAACCUGGACUCCAAAGGAUACGGCAUCGCCACGCCCAAAGGAUCCUCAUUAAGAAAUGCGGUUAACCUCGCAGUUCUAAAACUGAAUGAACAAGGCCUGUUGGACAAAUUGAAAAACAAAUGGUGGUACGACAAAGGAGAGUGCGGCAGCGGGGGAGGUGAUUCCAAGGAGAAGACCAGCGCGCUCAGCCUGAGCAACGUGGCUGGCGUCUUCUACAUCCUGGUGGGCGGUCUAGGCCUGGCCAUGCUGGUGGCCCUGAUCGAGUUCUGUUACAAGUCGCGCGCCGAAGCCAAGCGCAUGAAGAUGACCUUCUCGGACGCGAUGCGGAGUAAAGCGCGGUUGUCUAUCACGGGCAGUACGGGGGAGAAUGGGCGAGUGAUGACUCCUGAGUUUCCCAAAGCAGUGCAUGCAGUGCCCUACGCCGGCCCUGGGGGCAUGGGCAUGAACGUCAGCCUCUCCGAUCUCUCCUAACGGACCACUACACAUCCAGUGCCUUAUACUCCACAGCAGUCUCUCUCUCUCUCUCUCUCGCUCGCUCGCUCUCUCUCUCUCUCUCUCUCUCUCUUUUCCUCUGCCUUUAUUUCAUAAAACUCUCUC